AUGGAGGGGCUGGUGCUGGUGAUCUGGGUGUCCCUGGUGUCCGCAGAGCUGGUGGGCUCUGCAGAGGCACCAGGCAAGGGGUGCACAGGGGCCCCCGGCCCUCUGGUCCCGCAGGUUGUCCACCCGGUGCCCCGCAGCACCUCCCACGCCAGUAACCUGAGCUGCUUCCAGUGCUUCAAAGCCCAAAGCAAGAACCAGUGCCACCCCACCAAGUGCCAGGAGGGCCAGCAGGUCUGCGUCUCCAACGAGGUGACCAUCUUCUCCCGAUCAAGGAUCCGAGUUCUCCUAAGCAAGCGCUGCGCUCUGCAGUGCCCCAACUCCAACAGUGUGUUCCAGUGGAACGUGGCCUCCCGCCUGCAGGGCAGGAUCAGCAGGCGGUGCUGCUCCUGGCCACUCUGCAACGCGGCGCUGGGACUCGGAGCCCUGCCCGGGGGGCUCCCGCUGCCAGUGGCCCUGAGUGUCGCCGGAACCCUGUGGUAAAGACCCUCAGCCUGUGCCUCUGCCCACUGGCAUCUCCUGCCCUCUCCAGCUGCUGUCCACCUCUAUUCCUGCCAGGAUGCCCUGGGUUCUCUCCAGGGGGCGCUGAGCGGGAGGCCGCCGGGGCCUGGCGAAGCCGGAAGAACGGGAGACACCACAGCUGCGGUCCGACCCUCACCCACUCUUCCCUCCACACUGGCCCCCUCCGCCCAAGGUGCCCGGGCAAGGGAGUGCCCACGGAGGGGGUCCUCGCUGUCCCCCCCACACUGCUCAGAGACUGGGUGGCCCCACAGGCCCGCCCCCUCCUGCUGGGGGAAUCACCUCACCGGGCUCCUCUCUCCGAACC